CUCUAUUUACAGCUCCCUGUGUGCGCCCUGACUGGAAACCCUGGCACCAUUUUCACCAUGCCCACAGUGGUGGUAAUGGACGUAUCGCUCUCCAUGGCGCGGCCUGUGUCUGUCGAGGGCUCUGAGGAAUAUCAGCGCAAGCACCUAGCAGUCCAUGGUUUGACGAUGCUGUUUGAGCACAUGGCGACAAAUUACAAGCUUGAGUUUACAGCCCUGGUCGUUUUCUCAUCGCUCUGGGAGUUGAUGGUCCCAUUCACAAGAGACUAUAACACCCUACAGGAAGCACUGAGUAACAUGGAUGAUUACGACAAAACCUGCCUGGAGUCUGCUUUGGUUGGUGUCUGCAAUAUUGUCCAGCAGGAAUGGGGUGGUGCGACUCCUUGCCAGGUUGUCCUGGUGACAGACGGCUGCCUGGGCAUUGGCAGAGGGUCGCUGAGACAUUCCCUGGCGACUCACAGCCAGCGAAGUGAGAGCAGCAGGUUCCCCCUCCCCUUUCCUUUCCCGUCGAAGCUGUACGUCAUGUGCAUGGCAAAUUUGGAAGAGCUUCAGAGCACCGAUUCCUUGGAUUGCCUUGAACGUCUCAUCGACUUAAACAACGGUGAAGGGCAGAUUUUUACCAUCGACGGCCCCCUGUGCUUGAAAAAUGUGCAGUCUAUGUUUGGAAAACUGAUAGAUGUGGCAUACACGCCUUUCCACGCUGUCCUCCAGUGUGGCCACCUAACGGCUGACGUGCAGGUCUUCCCCCGGCCAGAGCCUUUUGUCGUAGAUGAGGAAAUCGAUCCGAUCCCUAAAGUCAUUAACACAGAUUUGGAAAUAGUGGGAUUUAUUGAUAUAGCUGAUAUCUCCAGUCCCCCGGUUCUGUCCAGACAUCUGGUUCUCCCGAUAGCACUUAACAAAGAAGGUGAUGAGGUCGGAACUGGCAUCACAGAUGACAAUGAAGAUGAGAAUUCAGCCAAUCAGAUUGCAGGCAAAAUACCCAACUUUUGUGUCCUGCUCCAUGGCAGCCUAAAAGUGGAAGGAAUGGUGGCAAUUGUUCAAUUAGGUCCUGAAUGGCAUGGAAUGCUCUACUCCCAGGCUGACAGCAAGAAGAAGUCAAACCUCAUGAUGUCGCUCUUUGAGCCUGGCCCAGAACCACUCCCAUGGCUAGGGAAAAUGGCACAGUUGGGACCCAUUUCAGACGCUAAAGAGAACCCAUACGGCGAGGAUGACAGUAAGAGCCCUUUCCCCCUGCAGCCCCAAACCAAACGCAGCUACGCGCAGAAUGUGACCGUGUGGAUCAAGCCCAGUGGCCUGCAGACAGACGUUCAGAAGAUUUUAAGAAAUGCAAGAAAACUACCCGAAAAAACACAGACAUUCUAUAAGGAGCUGAACCGUCUGCGCAAGGCUGCCCUGGCCUUUGGCUUUGGGGACCUGCUCAAAGGGGUGGCAGACAUGCUGGAAAGGGAGUGCACCCUGCUGCCCGACACAGCCCACCCCGAUGCUGCCUUCCAGCUGACCCACGCGGCCAAGCAGCUCAAGCUGGCCAGCACUGGCACGUCCGAGUGCGCAGCCUACGACCACAACAUCACGCCGCUGCAGACAGACUUCUCCGGGAGCGGCACCGAAAGAAUGUGAAGCUGCCCGUGGAGCCUUCUCUCUUGUUUCGAGUGAAUUGAUUUACAGGAAACGCCUUUCCAGUCAGCUCACCUCUGGAAUAGCUACCCGAAGACCUCCCUGGGGCUGCCUCAGAACGGUCUGAGAAAGGUUUUAAGAGUUGCUCUCUGGGGCUCUGAUCCCCCUACAUUCUGCUCAUUUCAUGGGCACAUCUUAGAUGCUUGAGUGGCUGACAAGCACAGGGCUCCCCACUUAACUGCAGGAGGGCUCUGGCUUCCUGAUGGGCGUCACUUCUGCCGUUUUCUUCCGCCUUACUUUCAAGCAUUUGUCCUUAGAAUAAGCUACUCAGACCAUGUGGAACUGACCAAGUACAAGAUCGAGUUAGUUCCAAGAAUUGUCCAACACUUGGGCAAAACGUGACCAUGACCCUGAGGUGCUCUUGGUAUAGAUCUUGAUAUGGACUUUCCAACAGCAACCAGAUUUACGUGUAAAAUGAUUUCCAUUCCAGUUUGUUUUUCUAAUAAAAAUACUGCUUUUCUAUAAAAUUGUUUUACUUGAAA